UUUGGGCGGGCGGGAAACCAGAGUUUAGUCUAUCCAGAAACAUUACUUCGUUGAAACGCCAAAUUGUUAAAAACAUUAUACAUUUAUAAUGUUUUUUGUGUACCUUUAGGGGGUAACAAAUUUUAUAACUAAUUAAUAUGAAGUGGAUAUUUUUUAUUAUCAGUUUGUUUAUACACAAGUGUGUUCCUGAAAUUCGUGUUACUGAAACUAAGGAUAUAGCCUAUCAAAUUGCCGGCAUAUUCGAACGCGAGUCAACAACAGAACAAUAUGCAUUCAACGAAAGUGUUCACCAUGGACACGUGCGCGGCUUCAGAUUGGCACCCGCCAUCUUAAAACCCGAUAGAACGGAUAGCUACUCGGUAUGGAAAGAAUUGUGUUCAGAUAGCGAAAUGAGACCAAUAGCUGUGGUUGGCCCGCAAAAUCCUAUCACUGAUGGAAUAGUACGAGAUCAGUGCGCUAGAUCCCACAUACCACAUAUUCAGGCGACGUGGCAACCUCUUGAUCCUGACCUUGAACUAGAUGAAGAAAUAACAGAAGAGCCUGUCUUCAAAAAAAUUAGUAUAAAUUUUUAUCCUGAUUCGAAUGAAGUUUCAUUGGCGUAUGCAAAACUAUUAAAAUAUUACAAAUGGGAAAGUUUUUCGGCGCUAUAUGAAGAUGACUUAGGUUUGCUAAGAAUACAGAAGAUUCUUGCGGAACACACUGAAAAACAUCCUGUAAAUUUACGUAAACUUGACCCGAAUACAGAUAAUCGACAUGUGUUUAAAGAUCUAAAACAAUAUCAAGAAAGUCGAUUUUUAAUUGAUUGCCAUGCUGAUAAUAUUCUGAAAUAUAUGGACGAAGCUCGAGAAUUGAAAAUGGUUAAUCAUUAUCAACAUUACAUAUUAGUCAAUAUGAACGCAUAUACGGUAGCCGAUAAGUUAACUGAAUUUCAGUCCAACAUUACAUGGCUCAGCAUUACAGAAUAUGAUAAACUAAAUAGUGGACAACACGACCUCGCCCAACGAGUAGGAAAGUGGAUCAACAGCAAUUCACAAUCACCAUUCGUCACCAAAUACAAUAUUGAAUCAUUGAUAAUGGACGACAUAUCAAAUCAUGUACUGACAGCUUUGCAAAAGAUAGACGCUGAUAAUUUUGAAGAACCAAAGAAUAGUAUUUGUGAAGAAGAUGCAGAACCAUGGGAAUUCGGAAUUCAACUGCAGGAGGCCAUACUAAAUACUACGACCACUGGUGUUACUGGAAUUAUAAAUUUUGAUGAAAUGGGUAGAAGAACAAAUUAUAAGUUACAUGUAAAUGAAAUUUAUUUAUCUGAAAGACAAACUAUUGGUACAUGGGAAUCACCUAAUGGUGCUAAAAUUAUUGAAGAUCGGCCCACUACUGAUAGUAUAACAAAUUUACAAACUAGCAAGCACUUUAUUGUUAUAUCAAGAAGAGCUAAACCAUAUUUUUAUGAUAAACAAACGUGUGAGGAAGAUGCAACAGAUUGCGAGGAAGAAGAUGCUGACCCAAAAUACGAGGGUUUCUCCGUAGACCUUGUUAAGGAAAUCUUCCGAAUUCUACGAGAAGAAAAGUACAACUACACCUACUCCUUCUUUCACGAUGAAGACAAGUCCUAUGGAAAAUAUAAUUCACUCACAAAGAAAUGGGAUGGAUUAAUAGGUGACUUAUUAGACAAAAAAGCUGACUUAGCAGUUUGUGAUUUAACUAUAACAGAAGAAAGAAAGAAAGUUGUAGACUUCUCGGUUCCGUUUAUGUCAUUGGGAAUCAGUAUAUUGUUUACGAAGGAAAAGGAAGAACCUCCAGGGACGUUUUCAUUUCUUAACCCCUACACUUUUGAUGUUUGGAUGCAUACAGCUACCGCUUAUUGUGUCGUCUCUAUUGUACUUUUCGUUUGUGCGAGGAUAUCUCCAGCGGAUUGGGAAAAUCCACAACCUUGUGACAAAGAUCCCGAAGAAUUAGAAAACAUAUGGAACUUCAAGAACUGUGCCUGGCUAACCAUGGGAUCCAUUAUGACGCAAGGUUGCGACAUUUUGCCGAAGGGUCUAGGCACGCGUUGGAUUUGCGCCAUGUGGUGGUUCUUUGCAAUGAUUGUAUGUCAAACUUACAUCGCUCAGCUGUCGGCUUCCAUGACGUCCGCUCGCGCUGAUGAACCCAUCAACAGUGUUGAAGAUUUAGCAAAACAAAAUAAGAUAUUAUAUGGUGCUAUUGAUGGUGGAUCAACGCUGGAAUUCUUCAGGUCUUCCAAAGACAAAAUGUACCAAAAAAUGUACCAGAACAUAAUUGCACAUCCCGGAGUUCUUGUUAACAGUAAUGAGGAAGGUGAAAAGAGAGUACUCAAUAGUAAAAAUAAAUACGCAUUCUUCAUGGAAUCUUCCACUAUAGAAUAUAAACAAAAAAGAAACUGCGACCUUGAGAAAGUGGGUGGCCAACUGGACUCAAAGGAUUAUGGCAUUGCUAUGCCUGCUAACUCUCCAUUCAGAAGUCCAAUUAAUAGAGCUAUUCUAAGAUUAAAAGAGCUUACCAUUUUAGAAGAAAUUAAAACAAAAUGGUGGAAUCGAAAAUAUGGUGCAAUCACAUGCCCGUCAGACACAGACAAAAGUGAUGUGGAGGGUGACCUUGAAAUGGAGAAUCUAAUAGGAGCUUUCUUAGUGUUGAUAGUCGGCCUUAUCUUUGGUAUAUUAAUAACAGCGGCUGAAUUCUUGAAUGAAAUCCGAAACAUUGUCGUUCGUGAACAGGUCACACAUAAAGAAGCUAUCGUGAAGGAACUGAAAGCAUCUCUGAAUUUCUUCCAAUUAAGGAAACCUGUUCUGCGCAAUCCCAGUAGAGCUCCCUCUGUCGCUAUCUCAGAUAAAAGUGAGGAGAGAGAGAAAAAACGGGCCGAACUUAUCGAAAACUUUUUAGAGUUUGAAAAAGAGAUGCCAUAAAUUUAUUUUAUUUGCUUUUACUUUUUAUACAAUAUUUCAUUUUUUUUUUAAUGAUUGUUUUGAGAACGUCUAGUACUUAAUCUCUUAAAUGUGUUUUAAUUAAUCAAAAUUAAUUACACGUUAUUUAAUGUAAAUACUUACGCACACGUAUUGUAUGUCAUUUGGUAUUAAAUAUAUUACAACACAAAUAUCUAGUUAUUUUAGGAUGUGAAGACAAUAUCUGAAUCUUCAAGAAUGACAAUGCGUGAGAGUAAGUAUGUACCACGGUUGUCACUAUUUUUUUAAUGUCAGUAGUCCAUUGUGCUAUUCAUAUCUAAGCUGCGAUUUUCUUUUCAAAAAUUUAAUUCAUUUCCACGUUAGUUGUAUAAAAAUAUAGAAAUUAGUAGAACUAACCACUGGAAGAAGAUUUGAAGAAUAAUUGGUAGAAGGUUUGAUAAUUGAUACUAAUAUUCUAGAGAUAAUGGAUUUUGCUAGGAGGA